AUGCCUCUUCCUGGCUCACUCAUUCCUAAUCCCAACAAACGCCAAAGACAUGUAAAUGAACCUCGCAGACCUGCACCAGGUAGUGUUGCUGAACGUCUGGCUCAGCUUCAACAACGCGAAGCAGAGGCUUCACAGGGUAGGAUCGCACGUCUAGAUGAUACACGCAUCCAGAACAAUCCUCCACAUCAACACCACUACAACAACGAUGAUGGUUCUGAUAACGAGCAGCCACAAGCUCUGUAUGACCACUUUCAGAUGAAUGCCGAGAACGACGAUAUCGCUCCGGUUAACGAUGGUCUUGAAAUUCAUCCACCAGGCGUACGAUCUGCUUAUUUCAAGAGUGUAUCGUUCCAGGAGCGCACCCUGACAGAGGAAUUGCACUGGAAGGAGGUCAUUCCAGACCUCUUUAAUGCGUUUAUGGUCUGUUCUCUCAAGACCCGUCAAUGGGGGGAUGAAAACAAGUGGGACCACGACUUCAACUCACUGUGUGAAUGCCCUCAUUGGAAGCGAAGCGUAGUCGAAGUUGAUGUGGUCGAUUUAACAACUUUGAUGGUGUUGCAGAUUAAGUUUUAUAUCAUCAUUCAAAUGAUGAGUAUGGUGGCUACCUCACCUCUUGGAUUCUGUACCAAAGCUGAGACACGAGGUCUCCGCAAGCCAAGAGGUCUCUUCACACCAAUACAUGAGGUCCCUGCAUGCCAAGAUGUGAGGUCUCCACACACCAACACAUGA